AUGUGCAUGCAGGAGGGCCGGACCCCUAACCGGCACCGGCCACCAGAGGAGCUUACUAUGUGGCAGAGUCUGAUGCCUUCGAUGACUCCACUAAUGGGUCUCCCCAUCACAUCAAGCGCCACUGGAAAGGUGAAGGCACUAGACUAGGUGAAGUCCUUGCCAAAUGCUGAAAGCUGACUCCAGCACUUGCCCUGACCCCAUGGAUAGACCCCUCCUCAGACGAGGACUGCAACUUGCCCCAUUCCCUUUCCAUCCUGAACAAAUGGCGUGCAGUCUGGCGACAAAUUUUGGCUCCACAUUAGUGUGGGAGAUUUUUCUGGGUGAGCCCCAGAUGGCUGAGGGUGACAGAAACUCUGCCCAAGAAUAUAUAUUGCUACUGCCCAUGAGGAUGCUGAAGUGAUCCUGGAUCCUACUAGUAAAAAGCUAUUUGACCCACGCAACAUAUGUCACCCAUGUUCCAGGGACUGGUCCGCUCCCAAAAACACCUGGCCAAUUUUGUGCACCUGUUUCUUUGCAAGCCUCUAGAUAAAGAUGUCCAUUGCCACUUGCAGUGAGAAUGUCCAUGCCCUUCCCUCCCAGGCAGUGUGGCUCAGACACCUGAGUUCUGAUCAUAUGAUGAUGACCUUCAUGACAAGGGGUAAAUGUAACCCUGCAAGGGAGUAGAGAGAGGAUUCAGAGGCGCCCAAAACAAAUUGCUGGACUCUAUUGGCCCCCUCUCAAGGAUAAAAUAUCUGGCAGAUGACACGUUCUUGAAGGCCGACUCCUUUGAUGCCAACAUCAUCCAUAAAUGGUCUCAUGAUAUCCAUAAAUGGGCACAGAGAUGUUUCUGUUUUAUCAGAAACACCAAUGUUUACCUCUCCUCUGAGAGGUGCAAAGCAGCAAUCCUCCGUAUUGAUGGAAAGUUGGCGGAUCUGGGUGCCAAUGAAUUGGGACCCUGGGCACAUUGCACGCUCUUCGAUGAGGAAGCUUACAAACCCCCCAUCAGACUCCUAACCUUGCUACUACAACCUUUUUUACCUGGAAGUGGAUGGGAGACAACCCUUCUGGUACUCCAGGCGAUCAGACGGAGGACAGGGAAUGCGGAGAUGCUCUAGAUCCUGUUUUUCCUCAGGUAAGCAUCCCUAUGGUUUCACCGACUUUGCUUUCUACAGCGCCCACAUGAGAUACCGUCACUUCAAGAUGGAAGCCAUUCAAACGUAUUAAGGGACCUUCUUCAUUUGGGAGCUGGUUUGUGAGUCUGAAACUGAAAGACAUAUGCCUGUCGGUCCCCCGAUCUACCCCUCUUGCAGACAGUAUGUACGUCUCCUGUGGCAUGGUCAACCUUGGUGCUUUAUGAAACUACGGAAACCGGUGACUGCUCACAUACAGGCCAAGGGGAUCCGGUACCUUAUUUACCUGGAUAAUAUCUUUCUGUUCGGUUCCCAGAGGUCAAGACUACAUCAACACUACAUCAACACACAUCAACACAUGUCAACACACUAUGAUUCUCGUGAUCCUGCUGGAAUUGUUCGGUUUUAUAGUAAAUCAACAGAAGUCUCAGAUGGCCCCUUCUUGAUGGUCAAAUUCUAAGGAUUCGAAAUUGACUCCGCAUCAUGAACCAUGAAGCUACCCACUUCAAAGGUCUCCACUAUCCAAAAAUAAAUUUGCUAGGUCCCCCGGAUCGUGGGCGAUUGUCCUCCACCCAGGCUAUCUUUCCGGGCCUUUAAUGACAGAUAUAAAAAUGAGUUAAGUGGAGCAAAAGUAGAAAAAAUAUGUGAGAUGGGUAGAGAGGAAUAGGGAACCUAUUACAUGCCUGAUGGUUAAUGAUCCAUUUUUUAACUAUGAUUAUUUAUUGAUACAGUUUAGAGUAUGCAUAUUGACUGUAUAUUACUGCCAGACUAGUUUUGAAAUGUUAAGCAAGUUCUCAUAACAGCUGGUAAUUAAAACUGUAAAGCCCUUAUAAGAAGCAAGCCACAAGUCAGCUCAAUAUCCAUUGAUAAAGCUGUAGGAGCGGAGAAACGCGUUUGGAAGCUGACACCUUACCAUUCUUAUCCAGGACCUUUACGCAGCAGCACAUCAAUCUUCACAGCCAUCCAGUAACCUCAAAUAGCUUGAAAACCACUCGGGAUGCCGAGAAUACUUAUCCACAGGAUUUUUUUGUUUUAUUCUUCAACGAACAACAGACUAACCAUGUACUAGAUACAUAUUGUAACUAUGUACUCCUUCUGUAUUUUGUAACUGACAAGACUGCAAGCAUUAGUUUUAUUUCAUUAUAUUUGUUUAUUAUAUUUGUCAUCUUUUUUAAUGAAGUAUUGUAUUUUUAACUAUACUGGAUCAGUAUCUUUAUAGUUAUAAGGUUACGUACUUUAUUAAGCGCUUAUACAAAUCUGCAUAUUGGUGAAAGAAUGUGCAUAAUAGCUGUGAAUACAUAAGGCUGGAUGUAAGGAUCAUUUUAUACAAUACACUGCAUUAGAUAAUUCUUCUAUAUAUUUAGAUAUUUUUAUAACUUAAAAUGUAUCUUUUAUUUUUUACAAAUUUUUAUCUGUUGUACUUUUACUCAUAAAUUGUAUUUUUGAAAUUUUUUUAUUUUUUUCAAUGUUUGAACACUUUUACUCAUAAAUUUUUUAUUGGAUUAUUGUAUUAUCCAUGAGGCAGAGUCAUCACAUGAUGGAGAGAGCACUUCAGUCAGGUUUGCUCGAGCGAAACCCACCAACGACCAACCUGUUCCUGUGACAGACGAGAUGUGAGGUGGACUCCAAUGGUGGUUGGACAGCAUGCUGGCCUGGACCGGCCACACCAUUUUUGGUGACCAACCGGAGUUGGUUGCCAGCCUGUGGGCCUAUGGGUGCAACUUGCAAGAGUGCACCCUCGGAAGGCAUGUGCUCAACUCAGGAACUCUCCUUUCAAAUGCACUGCCUGGAACUCUUGGUGAAGGGGUAAUCCAUUUGUUGCAUCCUACUCCGGAUGGUCAAAGUGUCGGCAGCCCGGUAUAUCAAUCGCCUGGGCAGCGCCCGCUCCUGCCUCUUAUUAGACAUCAUGAAGAUCACCUUUGAUUUCUACCUACCUUGCAGUAUCUCCCUGAGGGCCGAAUAUCUCCCGACACCACAAAUUGGUUCUCCCACCUUUGAAGGGAAGGCAGCAACUGGAUGCAGGAUCCUCAGGUGUUCUCCACCAUAUCAUCUCUAAGGGGCCCAUUUUACCUAGACCUGUUUGCGUCCUGCAACAACCACCAGACUUCAGCGUUCUUCAGUUGGCUACCAGAUCUGGAGUGCAUGAUGGUGAAUGCAUUCCUGCAGGCUGGGCCUCCUCAAGGGGCUUACGCUUUUUCCGCUUCUAAUUAUUGCGAGAUUUCUCCAUCGCCUCCAUGUUCACCAAGUAACACUGACCUUGGUCACCCUGCUGUGGCGGAUCCAACCUUGGUUCCCGGACUUUCGGGGACUGUCCUGCGUUGUGAUUGGCUCAGAACAACACUUGGUCUGCAAAGCAGACUGGAAUAAAGGUAAGAUAUUACUAAAUUUACGAGGGCAAGGGGUGCGGGGGGUUUAGAUAGUGGUUUUAACACUAUAAGGUCAGGAAUACAUGUUUGUGUUCCUGACCUUAUAUUGUUACUUUAAGGAAAAAUAGCUAUGCUUCCAGUUCAGCUACUUUCAGCUAACAUUUGAAAUUCACUUUGAAGUCUCACUUUAGUGAAAAACCCUGUUAAUGUGAAAGUUGCAUUGCUCUGUACUAAUGUGAAACAAAUGGAAUCUCUUGAAGUGAAAAUAUGAGAAUAAGCACAAGUGAUUUGCUGAAAAGAACAUGUUUCUUAGAUAUGUUAUCACUCAGUAAUGGAUGCCUUAAUUUAAGUGGUGUGAAUAGAAGUGUGGUCAGAGGUGUGGCUGCUCACAGAUAUUUUAGGUAACUUACUAAUAAUUUAAGCAACUACAAUUUUAUCACAUGACAGGAGGCUUCGUAUUUUGCAUAAUCUUUCUUUACUAACUCCAUAGCAGCAAAGAAAAGAGUGACAUAACUGAGAACCAAUCACAAUGCGGUAUAGAGUAUAAGAGGUGUAACGUAUGACAUCAUUUCCUCUUUCUUUGCUGCUCCAUCACAAGAUAAGUACAGACUUGGUUUUCCUCUCUGUCCUUACACUAUUUGUCAUCUAUAUCUAAGAACUAUUGUCUAAAUAUUUCUAUUACUAUUACAUUUAUUCAUUAUGUUAUUUUAAGUGCUUCUGUAUUGUUACCUUUGGGGGCUCUUCCCCCCCACCCCUCUGGCUCUGGGACCUUUUCCACUGCUUUUAUUUGGCAUACCCCUUUCAGGGAGUCUUAACGGCAUUUUCGCCGUUUUCACCUAUACUUCCUAGUGUCAGUUAAAUUUGCGGGUUCUUUCCCGCCUUAUCGUCAUUCGCACGUUUUUUCGCGAACGGCACUUCUGUUCGCAUAGACUUGUUCCCUUUGACGAACGCCUAGCGUUCGGCAAUUCCCGCGAACGUCUCAUAUUAGGCGCUUGCAUUCGUGCGUAUUAGCCGAACGCUUCCGUUCGGCUGAUUCGUACGCACUAACGCCCGCCGUUCGGGUAAUUUUUGCCGCUCAAAAAUCUAGGGGAGGUACUAAAACCUCCCAUUUCCUACUACUUUCAGUCCGGCGGACAUUUUAAAUGGCUACUACUAUCCUGCUUACUACUCCAGCCUAUUAUUACUGCCAGAAUACUCUGGAAUACUCUUUGAACUCUGCAGCCUUAUCAGCUCACUGUGGGACCAGUAUCAGGUUAGUGCUUUGCACUUGGGGUCGGUUUCAGCCAGUGGGAAUACCCUUAUUCUGGCAGGGGUGAGCCCCCUUUUAUGUGCUGCUGAAAGGACCUGUUUAUGCAGGAUUCCAAAUUCCUGGGUGAGCCCCAGUGACAGCCCUCGCUUGACCUACCAGUCGCAUAGCGCUUUCAGGUUAACCACUACCUAUUAUACACCACCCCCUGGUCCCCAGGCCUCCCCAUUUUGUGCCACAAGUACCACAAGUGCCCUCACGCAUAUUCACCGGGUGAGCCCCGGGUGUGAUUAACAACAUGGAAGAAUCCCAAAAUCCCUCAGAUCUCCAGGCCAUGAUUGCAGCAGCGGUUGCUGCAUCCAUGGAAAAAGCUUUGGCUAAGUCGUUCCAAUUGGAACAGGACGCAUCUAAGCCCAUUCCCAAAUGGGCUCAUUAUGGGGCGGAUUCGGAAGACUCCGAUUCCUCCAGGGAACGCUCCCACCCCCCUAAGCGCCAUUGGAAAGGCGAGGCUAUGGGACCACGUAAAUCCAAAGGAAAGGCCCCUGCUAAACGCAGACGAGACACAAGCAAAUCAUCCCAAAAACCCGCUCAGGUUUCCUCUGGGGAAGAGGACGCAGGUCCAUCACACGCGUUAGCCGUGGUUGACGAAUGGCAGGCGGCAGCCUCCGACCAGGAGGAAUCCGACUACUCCGCUGCCAAAUCGGACCCUUACUUUAUAGGGGAACAGACCCUGGGUGAGCCCCAGGACUCCGGGACCACAUCCCUAGACACCCCACAAGAGGGUUCAGAAAUAUUUUUGGACAACUCUGGCCUCCGAAUGUUCGAUCCUAGGACACCACCCGAACACUUGACCAGAUUCAUGCACUUCUGGCUCCGGAAGUCUCUGGACAAAGAAGUGAGAAAGCGUAUGAGAUCUGAAUGUCCUCGCCCGAGCCUACCAGAUAAGGUAGCACACACCCCCGAAUUCGACCCGCUCAUGACCACAUUCAUGUCCCACGGGGGUCGGGACCCACGCAAGGGUGUGGAACGUGGUUUCAAGGGAGCUCAGGACAAACUAUUAGAUGCCAUCGGGCCUUUGGCGAGGAUCAUGGAUAUGGCAGAUGAUGCCUAUGAAAGGGCUGAUGACUUCUCCCCAGAUAUGGUGCGUGAGUGGGCACGAGAUACCCGAGAGUGGGCACAAAGGUGCUUCUGUUUCCUCGGGAACACUAAUGUGGCACUCUCUUCGGAGAGGCGCCGAGCAGCACUUUUCAGAAUCGAUGACAAGCUUGUCGAACUGGGGGAUAAAGAAUUAGGCCCUUUGGCACAGGGCAAAUUGUUUGGCGAGGCCUUCCUUACUGAGCUUAAUAAGAGGGUCAACAUAUUCACUUCCCUCAAUAAGGCACAAACAUCAAUGCGGAAAGUGUUCCGCGGCCACAACACCCGUGGUGUUUUUGGGAGGGCUGGUCGGCAGAGGGGCCGUGCCACCAGCCGCUUCUGGCCAUCCGGCCCCCGCACAACCAGGUCGCAACCAUUCUACACAGAUCCAUCUGCACGCCAUCAAUUCCAUCAGUUCAGGGGAUCGGAACGUGGCCGUGGCAGCCGAGGACGCUCCCGAGCGAGAUUCUCCAAUGGUAAGUUACCAUUCUAUACUACCUCUAACCCCUUGCCAUAUCGCAGGUCGUAUUUCUCUUUUCUUCCAGAAUUGGGCAGACCUCUCCUCCGACACAUGGAUACUUCGGACGGUGCGGGGCUAUCAAAUAGAGUUCGAGACAAGGCCACUCCAACAGGCACCACCUCGCCCGAUUCAGUUUUCACGGGCAGACGCUUCUUUGAUAGACAUGGAACUUCAGGACUUACACUCCAAGGGUGCCAUCCAACCAGCUCCGGACUCAACCGGGUUCUACAGCAAUAUCUUCCUAGUCAGGAAGAAAACUGGGGAAUUCCAUCCCGUCAUCAACCUCAAGGAGCUCAAUUCCUAUGUGGUGUACCGCCACUUCAAAAUGGAGGGUAUCCAUCUUCUCCGGGACCUACUGCGAGACAACGAUUGGUUCACGCGUCUAGACCUAAAGGACGCAUACCUUACCAUACCGGUGCACGAAAGGAGCCGCUCAUAUCUCCGCUUCUACUGGCACGGGACACCUUGGCAAUUCACCUGUCUCCCGUUCGGCCUCAGUUCGGCCCCAUGGUGUUUCACCAAAAUGAUGAAGCCGGUAAUGGCGAGACUAAGGGCCCAAGGCAUAAGAUGCAUCGUCUACCUUGACGACAUCUUGAUAUUCGACGAGGAUGCAAGGACCCUAAAGAGACAUACAGACUAUGCCGUACACCUCCUCGACUCACUGGGUUUCGUUAUCAAUGGCCCCAAGUCAUCACUGACUCCUGCUCAGUCGAUCGAAUUCCUUGGGUUCGAGAUAGACUCAAUAUCGUGCACGCUACGCCUCCCGGCCGCAAAAAUUGCCACCAUCCGCUGAGAAAUUCAGAAGGUACUUCGACUGACAUCCAUACCUUUACGUCUACUAGCACGAAUCGUGGGCCUUCUCUCGUCAUCCAUCCAGGCCAUCUUUCCUGGACCCCUGCAUUACAGAGCCAUGCAACGCCUCAAGACAAAGUUCCUUCGCAAAGACCCAACAUACGACCAGCCGGUCCCCAUGUCGGACGAGGUUCGGGAGGAACUGCACUGGUGGCUGAACUGCAUGCAGGCUUGGAAUGGCCGGGCGAUAUUCGGAAACCAACCAGACUUCAUAUUGGAGUCAGACGCCAGCCGCUCAGGUUGGGGAGCAACAGACGGCACCUCCUCCACGGGGGGAGUGUGGACUCCCCAAGAACUUUCGAUGCACAUCAACUGUCUGGAGCUCCUGGCGGGAUCGUUCGCCAUUCGCAGUCUGGCAAAAGAACGAUCCAACUGCUGCAUCCUUCUCCGGAUGGACAACGUCUCGGCGGUAAGAUACAUCAACCGACUCGGAGGCACCCGCUCCCAAGCAUUAGUAGAACUCACGAAGGAAAUCUUCGAUUAUUGUCUGCCUCGCAACAUCACGCUAUUAGCGGAACACUUACCAGGAGAGACCAACACGACAGCAGAUUGGUACUCACGCCACUGGAGGGACGCCAGCGACUGGCAACUAGACCCUCACGUUUUCACGAUGCUAGAUGCACAGAGGGGCCCCUUCUCCCUGGACUUAUUCACCUCCCGCAACAACCGUCAGACGAAGGACUUCUUCAGUUGGCUCCCAGAUCCGGAGAGUCUAGCAACCGACGCGUUUCUGCAACAAUGGCCACAACACGGGGCUUACUCCUUCCCUCCAUUCUCAAUGAUUACGAGGGUUCUCCACCGAAUCCGCAGGCAGAGGGUGAUACUGACCCUCAUCACACCUCUAUGGCAAAGCCAACCAUGGUUCCCGGAUCUUCUGGAACUUUCGAACAAGGAUCCCCUCCUCCUACCAGAUACUCCAUCCAUUCUCAGGAACCCGAUGGGACUACCCCAUCCGCUGGUCCAGGAAGGCCGACUGCCCCUGGUGGCUUGGACUCUUUCAGGGGUUCCUGGCGAACCGAGGAUUUAUCGCAGGAAACUCCUAUGGGACUCAUGGGCGCCAGGAACAAGGAGGUGCUACUUAUCAGCAUGGCACUGCUGGACUACUUGGUGUCUGGGACGGGAUCUCAAUCCCUUUACGGCACCUAUUCCAUCCAUCAUGAAUUUCCUCACCUCUCUGUUCACAACCGGGAAGUCAUACCGGUCCAUUAACGUGAUACGUUCAGCCAUCUCAGCGGCUCAUACGCCGACUCAAGGGACACCAGUGGGCCAGAACCCACUCAUCUGUAGACUCCUCCGUGGCAUGCGCCUUCGGCGCCCCCCGGAACCCAAAUACUCGAGACUCUGGGACGUUGGCAUAGUCUUACAGUUUUUACGGGACUGGCCCCCUAAUGAGAACUUAUCACUCCGCCAGCUUACGGCAAAGUUCACCUUCCUACUCUGCCUAGUUUCCUUUCGUCGGGUGUCCGAUGUACGCGCUUUCGAUGCCGACGCAUUUACCUUCUGCCCAGCGGGAGUAACCUUCCAGAUCUCUAGACGCACGAAAUCUGACUCUUCCUCUGUUUUUUACCCCUUUUUUCCCUCAGACCCACAACUCUGUGUGGUCUCUACUCUUCGUCGAUACGUGGAAGCCACCGCGACGUUGCGGCCUACUUCUAAUCGCCAACUUCUCAUCUCUUACGUCCGCCCCUACGCUCCAGUCUCGGUUACUACGUUGGCCAGAUGGGUUAGAUGGCUAUUAGCCCUCGCCGGGAUAGACCAGGCUUUUGGUGCACACUCAGUCCGAGGGGCCGCGGCCUCUUCUGCCUACGCGGCGGGGGCCUCCCUUCCAGAUAUUUUACGAGCGGCGGACUGGACCAGAGAAUCCACCUUUAGGAUGUUCUAUUUCCGUCCUCCAUCUAAUCCAGCUUUUGCUCUACUUACUCAGCGUUGAAAUUGCAAAAUACGAAGCCUCCUGUCAUGUGAUAAAAUUGAAGAUUAUGCUAGCUUCAGUGUACAGAUAAUCUUAAUUUUAAUAAUGACAGGAGGCAAGUAUUUUCCCACCCUGCUCUCUUUCGCUCUUCCCCACCUCUGCCUUCAUGUAUAUUUCUAUCUCUUUAUUCACAUGUUAUUUGUGCUAAAUGCCUAAGUUGUUUUCUUACAAUUAAUACAGAUAUUUCAUAUGGGUGGGAUGGCUUAGGUAGCAUCAAUAGAUGGGAGGAAUGUAUUCGCUCUAUUGCAGUAUGAUGGUUACUUAAUCAUAAGGGAUAGACAUCUCGUUGUUUUACACAACCAUCUCCGGAAUCUAAUACCCUUUUACAUUCUCGUUUCAGUUUAACCAGAUGAAUCAGGACACUGAAGACUUCCUUCAAGAUAUCAUCAUCGUCUUGUCAUGGAAGAUCGUCACUUGACAUCAAGAACUCUUCCCUGUCAAGAAUUCUUCAUACGUUUAUGUUCUAUUUUCAUGUUAUACGUUAUCUUUAUUGUUUCUGCAUUGUGAUCUUGUGAUGUCGCAUGCUUUAAAGAGGAAAUGAUGUCAUACGUUACACCUCUUAUACUCUAUACCGCAUUGUGAUUGGUUCUCAGUUAUGUCACUCUUUUCUUUGCUGCUAUGGAGUUAGUAAAGAAAGAUUAUGCAAAAUACUUGCCUCCUGUCAUUAUUAAAAUUAAGAUUAUCUGUACACUGAAGCUAGCAUAAUCUUCAAUUUUAUUUAGAACAGAACCAUGUGUGUUAUUUACCCAGAAUGAUUUCUAAACACAUUAAUUGUAGUUUAAAGACAUAUUACUGGGAGUAUUGUUGCAGUGGAUAGCCUCAAGGAAAUACGGAAAAUCGUCAGACCUACAACCGAUGUUAACAGAAGAUGAGACUCUGAAAAACAUUUUCUCUAAAACACCCAUUUUGGCCUUCAGACAACCACCAAACCUCCAACAAAAAUGAAUCAACAGGAAGCUGCCCACUGAUGGUAAGAAUGAAGAAAAUGGGACCAGUCAAUGCAAAAAACCUUGCUGCAAACUGUGUCAGCACAUAUGCACAGACAACACAGCCACACACAACAAUAAAACCUACAGCAUUAAAGGUUCAUACUCCUGCACAUCCAGCAAUGUGGUAUAUACGAUUCAAUGUACCAAAUGUUACAUUGGGGAAACCACCCAGCCAUUAAAUGGCAGAAUUAAUAAGCAUAGACACUCCAUUAAACACCACAAAGAAGAAUAACACUGCACUCCUGUGGGACACCACUUUACACAGUCUGGCCACUCAAUAUAUGGAAUAAAUAAGUUAAUAUGUUUAAAUAUAUCUGGGUAUUUAUAAAGCCUUGCUUCCCAGAUCUUAAUACAUGCUUCCAUUUUAUUAUUUAGGGCAGUCAUCAUUUUUUCUAUUGUAUACACAUAGUGCACUUUUUGAAAUAUAUGGUCAAUUGCUGGAGCUAGUCCCUUCCAAGCCUGUGCUACACAGCCAAGCAGCAAUAUUUAUUUUAUUUAUCUAUUUAAGAGAUGGUUUUGGAAGUCACCUUGAAAUGCCAUAUAAUUAAUAAGACCUGGGCUAUUAGCAAAAAAUAACAAUCAUGGAUGGCAUAGACAGCCAUGUACAGUGUAUUCUAUUCAAUCCCUGCAAGUCCUGUUAUGGGAAAAUUCAAAUAUUACAAGUUUUAGAAUGCAAAGUUGUAUUUUUAAACAGUGUACAUUGUCUUUAAGAUAUUGCAAACUGACAAGGUGUUAGAAAUGGAACAUAUUGUUUUUCAUACAUAUUUCUUUAAUAAAUAACUUCUUUCCUACUUUUGGUGCAUAAUAUGCUGCGUAGUUCUAACUUACGCCAUUUUGUCUUAGCUUAAUACAAUAACAAUUAAUGCAUAAACAAACUUCAAGGCUAUGCUACGCAAAAGCAAUAACCUCUUACCUGCUUUCAGUGCAUAAUAUGCUGCGUAGUUCUAACUUACACCAUUUUGUCUUAGCUUUGUCUCCCAUGACAUGUGCACCCUUACGUUUUAGUUAUGACAUUGUUUCUUUGCCAAGUUAAGGGAGGUCCUAAAAUGAACAUCUAAGGUAUAAAUAUGUACCUUUUCAAUGUUAGCACACGGGAGAGAUUUGGAGAAACGCUGCUCCAUCUUAUAAUGACUGAGAGAUGCUGACAUGUUGACAUGUUUAGGAGGGUAUGUUAUUCUAUUUUAAUGACAUUGCAAGCAUAUACGUUAAUCGUAUAAACUCUGCUAUAAAUUAUUGUAAUGGAUUGUAUAUGUCUAUAUUUAUAUUUUUAUAUAAUAAAUAUCUAAAAGACAAAACUUUAUUGCUUCCAAGACAAUCGUUAUGUUAUAUUGUAUUUUCAAUUAUUUAUAUAUUUUAAAUUGAGAAUCUCUCACUAACAAUAUAAUAUUUUAGCUAAGAUAACUGUAUGGUUAGCCCUACUAAGUUCUAUGCUUUAAGACGUUAUAGUGGUAAAUAGGGGAAACCGGCUGCGGUUACACCCCCUCACUCUGUGAUCUUCACACAAUAUAUUUACUACCCUCUACGAGAAUCAUGUUUAUUUUCUAUCAAACCUGUGUCUUAUCUGCACUCAGGUCGCUUUAACCCCUGUAUCAUAGCUCAACUUUGAAUUCUAUGUUUUGUCUUUGCUCAGAAAUGCUGUAGACUUGCAAAAGGGAGGCUCUUUCGAAAGCUUGUCAUUACAAAAUUCUGUUAGUCCAAUAAAAAAGGUAUUGCAAGAUACAAAUGUUAUCUGUUUUUUACAAUAAAUAUUCUGGUAUAUACCUAUCGAUUUACAGUCCUCUAACAUCUAAUAAUUGUAAGCUGAUUACAUUUGUAUUGCUACAAAUCUUGUGUUUAAUUAACCCAGCCGUGGAUCAGUGGUGGAGGGGAACCCAACAGCAAACACCCGCUUCAGAAAAGGGUAUUUUUGACUAGCUAUCAGCAGGGACUGGCUGGAAGGCUAUCGGCCACUUUUUCCCAAAUGCCUACAAUUAAUUUGCUAAACAAGAACUUUUCUGGAAUUUACAUCAUUGCAUAAAACAUUGACAUUGACCUUGACAUGCUCAAUUUUUAUUUAAAUAUGACUUUUUAGCAAAUUAUAUCAUAGCCCAGUUCAGACAAGGGACAGCUUGGCAAACAUUGCAAAUGAACCAAAGACAUAGAAACAUUGUUCAUUUUUUUCCCUCUUCUCUGUGUGUUUUCUCUAUUCUGACUGUGAGAUGCAAAGGACCAAGCUUAUAACAAUGGCUGACAGGGAGCUAAGAUGGAGGCGCCCAGUUACAUUAUAAGGAGGUGUGAAUUUCUACAUUAAAUUUUAUUUUUUAAACCUCAUAAAAACAUAUUUGUUAAAUACAGGGGGUAAGUAAACAUAAUAUUAAAAAUUUACACUUGCAGUAAUAUUCCCAAGGCACUUCCAUUACUUAUACAGCAGUUAUUUAAUGAUUUUUUUUUUGGCAAGAAAACCAGGCAGAAAUGUCAGAGAAUAUCUGCAAAGAAGAAAAACUCCUGUAUAAAUGAAAUUAAUGUAAAACUGACCUACCUCGUAUCCUAAUUUCCAAGUUUCAGAUUGCAAUGUUCAUUGUUAUCCAUGCAGGGUUUAGUGUCUGUACAGAAAACACAUACAUGCAUGUACUUUCACACAAUUACAUUUAUGAGAAAUAUUAAAUCAUUCGGACUUCAUACUUCCUUUCAUGCGAAUCCCUGCAGCCUCUGUGCCAGGUAUUAAUGGUCACAUUUUUAUAUUGAGCUAAACCCUCUUGCUGAUGUAAACUAAGAGCAACUAAAGUUAUACUAUUAAUAAUUACAUUUUCUGUUUUCUUUUCCCCAGCGAUGGCUGUAAGGGACUCAGGGACAGACGCACAUACACAGUCCGUGAGGUAACAUAAUUAAAUAUUUAACAAUGUGACCGUAGAUUCCCAUUGAGAAAUGAUCAUUUAUUCUACAAAGACACAUGCUUAAACCGGUAAUGAGCAAUUUACUGCCCUGAUAACAAGGAAUGAGGCUGGAAUAGGAGCUGGACUGAUGUGAUGUCUAUAUAUUGGGCUUAUCUGUGUUGUGGGGUGUGGAGGCACACCAGUGAUUAUAGUGCCAUUAUUGCCCUGGAGCCAGGGCCAGCCUUAGGCCAUUAGGCAACUUGUGCAAAAAAUCUUCACAGCGCCCCACCCGGUCAUACCCCUUCAUCCAUGUAUAGUGUGUGUGUGUGUAGGGCUGCAGUGUUUCUCACACACACAAAGCUGCAGGUAGUCUAACAUGCACAGUUACAAUCACACAUAGUUACAGGAAGACAGUCACACAUAUACACGCAUUUACAGGCAGUUACUUCUUUCCAUUAUGGGCUACAGUGAGGAGUGGAAGCACUGCAGUUCCUGGUAGUUGGGGAAGCAGAGGCUCAUUCUUUCAUCCCACUUACAGAAGUUACAGUCAGCUGGUGCUCUUAGCAUGGCCCCCGCUGUCUUUUUAGCUCUGCCUCUCAUAAAGUUCUCCUACCGCUAGUGAAGCUCUACCCCCACAUCCCUGUUAGGUUCUUUGAUAGUCCCGGGUGAAGAAUAAUUUGGGUGGCCAGACCUGUCACCUGGGGCAUGUGCAAGCUUUGUUGACAGCAUGACGCCUCUGCUGGCAUGGCACCUGAUGCGGCUGCACUGCUCACACACCCCUAAGGGUCAAAUUGUUUUAUGCAAAUACUGAUAAAACACUCCCCAUACCUGCCCACUAACAAGAAUAGGUCAUCCUCAAAAAUCCAGCAACCAAGCAAGAAGGAGAUUAUCAAACUUAUCUGUUUAACAACGUCAACUCGAUCCCCUUCACAUGUAGUGUGGGCCAAAUGCACGAUUCAGCCACACGGCCCAUAUACAUGUGAUGGUAAAUACUAAAAUACUUAUCUAUUCGAUGCUGUUGAUUCGCUUCUCCUCUCAGAUCGCAUAGACUGACUGCUCUGCUCGGCCAUGAGGUCACACUGGCCAUAGAAUUUUGGAUGCUGCCCUUUUGAAUGAGACAUCCUUAUACAUAAUGAAUUUGAAAACAUCACAUCUUACCUUAAAGUGUCCACGUCAACUAGAUGAUCACCCUGUUUUGAUUCUUUUGGAGUCGCAGAGAUGACAUGGUCUAUAUAAUGCUUGUUUUGGUCCUUAUUCAGUGGUCGAUCAUGGUUUCUAACUUGCUUGCUUGCUUAUUGACUUUGUACUUCUGAAAUCCUGAUCCAGCCUGUUUAUUCUUAUAUCCAACCUUUUAUAAUUCUCACCUUGGCUAUUUCUGACUUUGUCUCUAUCUAUAUAUAAUAUUAAGUCCAGUCACUGUGAGGCCCAAUAAUAUGUUUAUUAUUGAAACUCCAUUCGUGGGUUUCCCAUUUCCUGUGAGUUAGGGUAAUCACUCUGACAGAGACUUGUGGGAAAACCAAGGGGAGGUCAGUUGCUGAGACUGUGCACCAGUUAUCAAAUUCAAGAGCUCUGAAUCAAACUGGCCUUCAAGAGAGGUUGGCAAGAAAGAAUCUAUUACUCAAAACCAGAGAAAUGGAGGUUGCUAAAAAGCAAGAGACUGACUUGACAAUGUGUGAUGCAAAUGAAACACUGUCCAUACCUCAACAAACACUAUCCUUACAAUGAAGUAUGGGGGUGGCAGCAUCAUGAUGUGGGACUUAGGAAUCAUGUGAGAGUUGAAGGUAGAAUGGAUUCAGGAGGGUAUUAGUGCAGGAACACCUUUCUGAUGAUGCUCGGAAGAAAGUUCACCUUCAGUAAUGACCCCAAGCACAGACAAACAGUCGCUGUAAGUAGAACAAGAACAAAUAUAUGAAUAUUCUAUAAUGGCUCAGUCAAAGUCCUGACCUCAGUCCUAUUGAGAAUCUGUGGCACUAAUUGGGAAUUGCAGAAUACAUACCGGAGGUGAUUGUCCCAUUAGACAGAGAUGGCACCUAUAUACAUACUUUUUAAAUUUUUGUGGUUAAAAAUAAAUUUUAAAAAUUUAGUACUGUAAUUGCAUCUUAUAAAAAAAUACAAAUUAAACGUUUAGAUUAAACUUGAUAAGACUGUCCCUUUAAGAAGUAUUUACAUAAAUUAGUAUCCCAUUAAACUCAUUCACUAAGCGCUCCACCCUAACAACUUACAAAUUUUAGAUUUUUACAGUAAUUUAAAGGAUAACUUGACUGUAUCUGAGUAGCUAAUUAAAAGUAUUAAAAUGUUUUCUUACCACUAGAAUUAUAACACUUUUUAGUCACAGAAAAGGCGAGCUGGCGAGUGGAGAUAUCUAGCAGGUGCCUUGGCCAGUGCCCUCUAUAUUCAUGUCUGAAUUCUAUGCCUGAUAGCACAGCUACAGGAACAGUUACAGAAGGUGUACAACUCAGUGCUGCCCCAGCACCUCCAGUGUCGUACUUCCUGAGUAAGUUCACCACAAUGGAGAUGCUGAAAAUUCCCCAAAGAGAUGCAUUGAUUCUAUGCAUCUCUAUGAGGAGAUGCUGUGUGACGCAGCACAACGUGUGUGCAGCGCAUGUGCAAUAGCCUCAACCAUUGGAUUGUCUGAGAUCAUAACCGCACAGUGCUGGAAUAAAUGUGAACUUUAAUCUGUUUUAACGGGGCCAAUGAGGGAGUCGGCCACCUGAAUGGUGUUUUAAUACUGUGGUGUGAGAAAUACAAGUUUGAAUUCCGGAGACUGUAGUGUUUCUUAAACAUUAAACCACCAUGUAUUUACACAGAUGCAUUAACUCACUAUACUCACAGAUUCAAACAUAAUACAUUACAAGUAAAAAUAUGCACAUACAGUUGUGCUCAAAAGUUUGCAUACCCUGGCAGAAAUUAUGAAAUUUUGGCAUUGAUUUAGAAAAUAUGACUGCUCAUGCAAAAACGUAUUUUAUUGAAGGAUAGUUAUGAUAUGAAGCCAUUUAUUAUCACAUAGUUGUUUUGCUACUUUUUAAAUCAUAAUAAUAACAAAAAUCACCCAAAUGGCCUUGAUCAAACGUUUACAUACCCUAGAAUGUUUGGCCUUGUUACAGACACACAAGAUGACACACACAGGUUAAAAUGGCAAUUAAAGGUUAAUUACCCACACCUGUGGCUUUUUUAAAUUUCCAUUAGCUUCUGUGUAUAAAUAGUCAAUGGGAACUCAGAAGACAUACAAGACGGUGUGGCUGUUUCAAGGAGCACAAUACUUAAACAGAAAUGAGCUGCCUGGUGGAGUUGCCAGAAAGAAGCCUUUACUGCGUCAAGGCCACAAAAAAGCCUGGUUACAAUAUGCUCGACAACACCUUAACACACCUCACAGCUUCUGGUACACUGUGGAGUGACAAGACCAAAAUAGGGGGGGGAGCUCUAAAGGCACAGGAAAUCUUAUGAAAAAAGAUUAUCAGAACAUACCAUUCUACGGCCUUUAACACUAAACAAUCUACUAAAUCUAACCUUAAAGGGACACCAUAGUCACCAGAACACCUACACCUACUUUAUCAGAGACAAUUUGCAUUCCUCUGCAUGACCUGGAGGCAUUUUGACAAGAGGAAUGACCAGCGAUACCAACUGCAAGAAUUAGGGGCCUCACAGAACUAUUACAAUAGACUGCACACUGUCAUGGAUGCUAAAGAGGGCAAUACACACUAUUAAAGGAACCCUAUAGUCACCUAAAUUACUUUAGCUAAAUAAAGCAGUUUUAGUGUAUAGAUCAUGCCCCUGCAAUUUCACUGCUCAAUUCACUGUCAUUUAGGAGUUAAAUCACUUUGUUUAUGUUUAUGCAGCCCUACCCACAUCUCCCCUGGCUAUGAUUGACAGAGCCUGCAUGAAAAAAAAAAAACUGGUUUCACUUUCAAACAGAUGUAAUUUACCUUAAAUAAUUGUAUCUCAAUCUCUAAAUUGAACUUUAAUCACAUACAGGAGGCUCUUGCAGGGUCUAGCAAGCUAUUAACAUAGCAGGGGAUAAGAAAAUCUUAAUUAAACAGAACUUGCAAUAAAGAAAGCCUAAAUAGGGCUCUCUUUACAGGAAGUGUUUAUGGAAGGCUGUGCAAGUCACAUGCAGGGAGGUGUGACUAGGGUUCAUAAACAAAGGGAUUUAACUCCUAAAUGGCAGAGGAUUGAGCAGUGAGGCUGCAGGGGCAUGUUCUAUACACCAAAACUGCUUCAUUAAGCUAAAGUUGUUCAGGUCCCUUUAAGAAGUAAGGGUAUGCAGACUUUUGAACAGGGAUCAUUUCAUUUUUUUCUUUGUUGCCAUGUUUUGUUUUAUGAUUGUGCCAUUCUAAAUAUAAAUCCCAUAAGAAAUAACUUAGAUGUGUUUAGCCUGCUCAGUCAUGUUUUCUUUAAAAUUGGUACAUGUAAUCUCAAUUCUCCAAAGGUAUGCAAACUUUGGAGCACAACUGUUCAUAAAUUUAUACAUAUGCAGCUGUCACAUAUAAAUAUAUGUUUUAGAAGUUUUUAGACCUGCAAUAUCCAUUUAAUACAUUCACUAUAGUUACUUUACCUGCCUUUUUUGGAAUUGGCAAGGAGGGGGCACCUUAGAAUUGUGUGCCUACAGGCACUUGACAUGUAAAUCUAGCCCUGUGUAUGUGCUAUACACUGAUCAGCCACAAUAUUAAAAUAUCAUGUAGGCCCACCUCAUGCUGCCAAAACAGCUCUAAAAUUUUGAGGCAUGAACUCCACAAGACCUCUGAAUAUGUCCUGUGGUGUCCGGAACCAAGAAUUAGCAGCAGAUCCUUGACGUCCUACAAGUUGUGAGGUAGGGUCACCAUGGUUCAGAGUUGUUUUAGCGCACCACACCGAUGAUCAAUAGAAUUUGUAAGCCAAGGCAACACCAAAAACUCUUUGUAAUGUUCCUCAAACUGCAGAUUUCAAUACAUAACAAGUAGAAAUAAACACAUACAUAAAUACAGAUGAAAAUGUACAAUAUGAAUACAUUUUUUUAUAUUAUAUUUAUGCCUGCAAUGUCCAAUUGAGAAAUUAAUUAAACUAAUGUUAUCUUCCUUUUUAGGGGGUGGGGGAGCAGAAGGCACCUUAAAAUUAUGUAUAAAAACAGAACAAAUAUAGAUAGCCAUGCCAAAAUAGAUACUAACCCUUCUGUGAAAUCACAUAGUAGGUACAUAUACAUACAUAUGUUGAUAGAAUUCACUGUUCGGAUUUACACAGUAAUUGAGUGUGACGAGACCAAUCUCACCACAUUGCAUUGGAGGAGCCUGGUUGCCCACCUGCUGCCUUUGGAUUAUGGACCGGCAGCUAAAGGGUUAAUUUUACUGUGCAGAAGGAUUUAUUUCUCCCUUUCUGCACAGCCGUUCGGUAGAUUCCAUCUACCGAACAAACAGUUUCUUUUCAGCCUCGCCAGAGCCAUGGGAAGCCGGCCGGCGCCGUUAAUUGGCCACCCAGAAGCUGGAGUGCGCCCUCCAUUUACCUCCCUGAAGCCGCAGUUAACCGCGGCUUAACGAGCGUGUGCCGGCAAUUGACCACCCAGUAGCUGCGGUUAACCGCAGCUUAAUUGAUUGUUACUGGGUGGUCGCGGUUACACGUGUUCUGGAGCUCCCCGGGCAGCCAGCGCUUUUCUGCCCGGCUUUCCUGCACCAAACCUGGACACUUUUACGUGCAGGCACCGCUGAACCUCCAACCCCUGGUUCUAAUUCGUACGGAUUUAACGAAUGCAUGUAAAUUCGGUAUUUUAUGUUGGAAGAAUGUUUUAACCCAGAUAACCAUGCCAUGGAGCCUGUUCGUGGAAUUAAAGACUUUGGCUCCAUGGCAAUUAAACUGUAUUCGUGUGGUCUGAGUGCCAUUCACCUAAUAAUGUGCCCUCAGACCUGAGCUAUCUGGGGAUAUGUUACAUGUAUAUAUUUACUGUACCAUUUUUCCCAUUAUGUAUUUUAAAGUGAUAGUCUGUCUUUGUGUCCCCACGUGUGUAAUGGAGUUUUGCCUUUGUCCUGGGAGAUAAUUGAAUUACUUCUCCAGGGCAGAGGGGAGGAAGCCAGGAUGCAUUGUGGGGAUGUUUUACUUCUGUAUGUCUGUAAUUGGUACAUGUCUGUCCCUUGUCACAGUCUUCCAUCUGGUCCCCUAGGGGAGUGUCCACCAGGUGGGAGACCUGCAUAAAUACUGGGAAGGUAGCCCUCAUUAAACAGACCACUGCUUGACCCUCAACUCGGAGCUCUGUCUCGUCUUUGGGGGGGAUUUACUGUAUGCUGAUAGAGACUGAUUGCCAGGAGUGUAAGCCGCUUGGGUGCUUUUCCUGUUCGUCUGCUAGCAGCUAUUCGUGAGGUUCCAGUUCGGGUGUUUGGAGCAUUCACUUAUUGGCGGUUCGUGUGUUUGGUGUUCUGCAGUAGCUGUGCCUGCAUCUCUGGAAAGGGGGCCGAACGCCUAAACGUUUUUUUCCCCUUUUGUGCAAAACGGUCCGUUACAUUGAGUAUCUCAAAGAAACAGAGAAACAAAAAAAUAAUAAUGCAAUAUGUCAAAUAACAGGAGAGUGAGAUGUAAUAUUAUGCCAAAAGCACACUCACACUUUCUAGAGUUUCAAAGAGCUCUGCUGUUUUAAACGUUGAUGGUACAAUCCCCAUCCCAGAAUAUAUUGGCAGCAAAAGUGGUGGUAAAUCUUUCCAAUAUGUUACAUGUAUAAAAAGACAAAUAGGAGAAAAUCCAAUGGUGCAGCCAGUAUGGUAAAGUGACUGUGCAAAAAAGGUAUAAAUAACCUACUCACAUGAGACAGAGCAUGGACCUGCCCUAGUGUUGUAAUGCCUUGGUGAUAUAAUCCCCACCUGGGAUAUAUAAAGAUAGGAAGCCAAGAAAAGAUGCAGGGUGUAAUCCCCCCAAAAAUCCAAAAUAAAUUAAAUUUAAAAGGAUUAACUUUAUUUAAUAUAAGCAAAUAAAUCAAUAAAAGUAUAUACUAUAAAACAAUCCACAUAGGUGCAAGAUCCACAUUUUACGUAUUUUACCUUGGGGUUUCAUCAGAAGUGUGGUUUCAAAGUGUUUGGUGUCUGUUUAUAUAGGUAUAAAAUUAACAUAAUCAUUUAAAACAGAUGUGUAUUGCAAGUAUGCAUUGGCUUCUAUCAUUACUCCAGUUUUUUUUUUAUGUUAACCCAGGCAGUGAUGUCAUCAGGGGUGUCUUAG